CCAGGCCCAGGCAGUCCAGAGCUCCUGCCCUGUGCCUUGCGCCCUGCUGCCCCCGUGCGCCCCGACCAGACGCCCAGGUUCGUCCAAAGCAGGGCCCGCACGGCCAGGGAAAGAGUUGGUGUGAGCCUGACGAGGAGCCGCGAUGGGGAAAAAGCUGGACCUUUCCAAGCUCACGGAUGAAGAGGCCAAGCACGUCUGGGAAGUGGUGCAGCGGGACUUUGAGCUGAGGCGGAAAGAAGAGGAGAGACUGGAUCGCCAUCGGUCAUUCUCUUCAGAGGACCUCGGAGAGCGCCAGCAAGUUCCAUUUCCCACACUAAUUCCCGACGUCUGCUCGGAUGCCAGGGGCUUAGAUUCCCAUCACUGCUGCCCGAUAUUCAUUACACCAGGUCUGCCUCCUUCAGCGGCGACCUCUGACAGAGGCCUCAAGGGCAAAGUGAAGAAGGAGAGCUCCCAGAGGGAGCUGGUUUCCGAUGCAGCCCUCCUGAGCGACACCCACUGUGCCCACUGCCUGCAGCCCUACCGACUCCUGGAGGCCCCCAAACGGCAGUGCCUGGACUGCCGCCUCUUCACCUGCCAAGGCUGCAGCCACGCCCACCCCGAGGAGGAGGGCUGGCUCUGCCACCCCUGUCACCUGGCCAGAGUCGUGAAGAUGGGCUCCCUGGAGUGGUACUACGGGCACGUGAGGGCCCGCUUCAAGCGCUUCGGAAGUGCCAAAGUGAUCCGGUCCCUCUGCGGGCGGCUGCCAGGGGGAGGUUUGUCUGGCAGAACACAAAGCUCCCCCGAUGUCCACAGUGGGCCUGAGCCAAGCCCAGGAGAGAGAAGUAGAGACAGUGAGCAUUCCAAUACGGAUGGAGAGCUGGACACAGGGGCUCAGACCCAUCCCCUUGGCAGCAAACCUGUGCCCGCCAAGAAAAAGCGCCUCCUCCCCAUUCACAGCCUGGACUUCGAGGCCGACUCUGACGACUCCGCGGGGUGUUGCAGUCACUCCCCGAGCCUAUCCUCAGUCCCAGCGGCCCCGGACAGCCUGCAGGCCCUCACAGGUGAGCCCUGCUCGGAGGCGGCUGCCUCCCAGGAGGCCAUGGUCCUACAGGAGGCUGAUGCCAGGGCCUCUGGGUGCCACCCCCACCCAGAAGAGCAGACAGACAGCCUCUCCCCUGCCGGACGAGAUGCCCGCGCUGAGCUCUGCCUGCCAGGAGAGUCCUGCCCAGCAGCCCCGGGGAUCGCUGCCACUCCUGGGGCGAGCGUUGUCAGGAACGAGCAGCUCCCCUCGCAGUGCCUGGCCGACGUGGACACCUCCGAUGAAGAGAGCAUGCGGGCCCGCAGGACAGCCUCCCACCUCUCCACUCAGAGUGGCCGGACCUCACCUGCGAGACAGGGUCCCGGUGCCAGCGAGCCCACGGAGGCGGACGUGGAGGAGGAGACCCUGAAGAGAAAGCUGGAGGAGCUGACCAGCAAUGUCAGUGACCAGGGGGCCUCGUCCGAGGAGGAGGGCAAGGACAAAGGGGCGGAGCUGGACAGGAGCACUUCCUUGGAGGACCUCCCCCGGAUGACCCCAGAGGUGUGCACGUCUGCAGGCCAAACACACAGAUGGGAAAAGAGCUCCCCCGGCCCUCAGGGCCCCGUGCAGACCGCCAGGACCCCGGACGAGGCGCUGUCGCAGCUGGAGGACAAGGUGGCCGUGACAGCCUCUGAGGUUCAGCAGACGGAGAGCGAGGUGUCAGAAAUCGAGGCCAGGAUCGCAGCCUUGCGGGCUGCAGGGCUCACGGUGAAGCCCUCAGGGAAGCCCCGGAGGAGGUCUAAGCUCCCGGUAUUUCUGCCCCGACUUGCUGGGAAAUUGGGCCAGAGUCCCGAGGACCCACCUGCAGACCCUGCCGAUGGGGCCGAGGUGAUGGCGGGGCCCUACCUUCUGAGGCGGAAGUUCAGCAAUUCCCCUGAAAGUCAAGGCAAAGAUGACGAGUCCUUUGAUCGGAAAUCUGUGUACCGCGGCUCCCUGACACAGAGAAACCCCAACGGCAGGAGGGGCACUGCCCACCACAGCUUUUCGAAACCUGUAAUGACCCACCAGCCCUAAGCGGGAGAGGUUCUUGGGAACAGGACAGAGCAACAGAGCAGCCCGCCUUGCUUUCCCUCCCCCACAGCCAUGAUGUCCCCCCAUCGGCCCUGCACUCUCCAUUCUACACCAUCCAGUGGAGAAACAGGAAGACACACCGUCCGUGAUGGAACCCCACCUGUGAAAUGACUAUGGUCCUCAGACCUGCAGCUGCUCACCCCCAUUCAUUGACAACUUCCCAGGCCACUGGGCCAGCCUGUUCUGAUCCGUGAGAGACAUCUAAGCUACAUCUUUCCUUCAGGACAAUGUUGUUUAAAUUUUUUCAAAGACACACAGAAAACCUAUUCAGCAAGAACUUUCACCCCCGUUCGCUGCUGCCUUUCUUAUGUCGAUUUCAUGAAUGGAACAGAAAGGAAUGACAAUGUGCAUCAGA